GCGGGUCUGACUGACGAACAUCAUCAGGCAGCAAAUGAAGCUGAGGCGGCGGUGCGGGUUCCUCAGCGGUCAGUGUGAAUCGGAGCGCCGUGCCCGGGGAGGGGGAGAAAGAAUUUAAAAUAAAAAGGAAAGAGGCGACCGGAGAGUGAGUGCGGGGUACGGCACGACGCCCGUCAGGACAGGCGCAGGAUUGUCGCUCUCCCCCAGAAUGGACGGUUUCGCCGGCAGUUUGGAUGAUAGCAUAUCUGGUGCAAGCACAUCAGAUGUCCAAGACCGCCUUUCAUCCCUUGAAUUGAGGGUCCAACAGCAGGAGGAUGAGAUCACAGUGCUGAAAGCAGCCUUGGCUGAUGUACUCAGACGCUUAGCCCUGUCUGAAGAUCAGACUGCCUCCAUGAGGAAAACGGCACCUGGGAAAGGGCAGCCAACUUUGCGUGAAGCCUAUUCCCUGUCUUGUAUAACAAAUGGGAGCCCAAUGACCAGGAAACCAAUGCAUAGCUCAGCUCUGUCUGUUGCCAGAAAGGAAACGCUGUCUUCUGCUGCUAAGAGUUAUGGUCUGAAAGAACAAAAAAACAAUCCGGAGAAAAAUGAAAAACACCAGGAUAAAGAGACUGAUGACGAAACUCAAUCUAAUCAUCAAACUUCUCAAUCCUCACAAUCUCCCCAAUCGCAAAGGCACACUCAAGAGAACAAGAACCCUGCUUCAGCAAAAAGUUUAAAACGUGGUUCAACAAUUGAAAAGUCACAUAGCAGCAGCUGGGAAGGUUCUGAUGAGCAUCGUAACAAGAUGUUGAAAGCUCAUUCAACAUCUAAGUUACUAUCAAAACAUAAAAGUUCAGAUAAAUUUAAGGAACCACCUAUCAGUCAAGCCCAAAGUUCACGACGUGGAGCCUACAGCCAAGAGGGAGAUAUGAUCAAGAUGUUCAUGCGUGGACGUCCUAUCACAAUGUACAUUCCUUCGGAUGUAUCAAAUUACGAUGAAAUGAAGUCAGAACUGCCUUCUGAGAAGCUAAAGCUGGAGUGGGUAUAUGGCUAUCGAGGAAGGGAUUGUCGUUCCAAUAUCUACCUCCUCCCAACUGGAGAAAUUAUCUAUUUUAUAGCAUCUGUUGUGGUGCUGUACAAUGUUGAGGAGAGGACUCAAAGGCAUUAUCUAGGGCACACAGAUUGUGUUAAAUGCCUUGCAGUUCAUCCAGACAAAAUCAAGAUUGCAACAGGCCAGAUAGCUGGUGUAGAUAAAGACGGAAGACCCGUACAGCCUCAUGUGCGAGUGUGGGAUUCAGUUAGCCUAGCAACCCUACAAAUAAUUGGUCUUGGAACUUUUGAACGAGGUGUUGGUUCAUUGGCCUUCUCAAAAGCAGACUCAGGUACUCAUUUGUGUGUAGUCGAUGACUCCAAUGAACACAUGCUUACUGUGUGGGAAUGGCAGAAAAAGUCCAAAAUCGCUGAAAUAAAGAGUACCAAUGAGUCAGUACUUGCUGCUGAUUUUCACCCUACAGACCCCAACACAAUCGUAACGUGUGGUAAAUCACAUGUCUUUUUCUGGACAUGGAAUGGAAACUCACUUGCUAGAAAACAGGGAAUCUUUGGGAAAUAUGAAAAACCAAAAUUUGUACAGUGUUUAGCAUUUUUGGAGAAUGGCAAUGUGCUAACUGGAGAUUCUGGAGGUAUAAUGCUAAUUUGGAAUAGAACUACUGUGGAGUCUGCACAGGGAAAAGGAACCAAAGGGGUAUAUCAGAUCAGCAGGCAAAUUAAAGCACAUGAUGGCAGUGUAUUCACUCUCUGCCAAAUGAGAAAUGGAAUGCUGCUUACAGGAGGUGGAAAGGAUCGCAAAAUCAUCCUUUGGGAUCAUGACCUCGUUGCUGAAAGAGAAAUUGAGGUCCCUGAUCAGUUUGGAGCCAUUCGAGCAGUAGCAGAGGGAAAGGGGGACCAGUUUCUGAUCGGUACAUCACGUAAUUUCAUUUUAAGAGGAACGUUCAAUGAUGGCUUUCAGAUAGAAGUACAGGGUCACACUGAUGAACUUUGGGGUCUUGCUACACACCCUUUCAAGGAUCUUUUCCUUACUUGUGCCCAGGAUCGACAGGUUUGCUUGUGGAACUCUGUGGACCACACACUCGAGUGGAACAAGCUCUUGGAUGAACCAGGUCAUUGUGCUGAAUUCCAUCCCAGCGGUGUAGUGGUUGCAAUUGGAACACACUCGGGCAGGUGGUUUGUUCUGGAUGCUGAGACUAAAGACCUGGUUUCAAUACACACUGAUGGGAAUGAACAGCUCUCAGUGAUGCGAUAUUCUCCAGAUGGUAAUUACUUGGCAGUGGGGUCCCAUGACAAUUUUAUUUACAUCUACACAGUAGCUGAAAAUGGCAGAAAAUACAGCAGACAAGGAAAAUGCACUGGACAUUCCAGUUAUAUUACACACCUUGACUGGUCACCAGAUACAAAUUUCAUAAUGUCUAACUCAGGGGACUAUGAAAUCCUAUAUUGGGAUAUUCAAAAUGGCUGCAAGCUGAUCCGAAACCGCUCCGAAUGUAGAGAUAUGGAAUGGUAUACAUAUACAUGUGUCCUGGGCUUUCAUGUUUUUGGAGUAUGGCCUGAAGGUUCGGAUGGAACAGAUAUUAAUGCACUUUGCAGAUCACACAGCAAAAAAGUGGUGGCUGUUGCUGAUGAUUUCUGCAAAGUUCAUAUCUUUCAGUAUCCUAUUUCUAAACCCAAGGCUCCAAGUCAUGUUUACAGUGCACACAGUAGUCAUGUGACCAAUGUUAGCUUCACCUACAAUGAUGGUCACUUGAUUUCAACGGGUGGAAAAGACACCAGCAUCAUACAGUGGAGAGUGACCGAGAAGACACCACUUCCUUCAAAUGGAAGCAACCUUGAGCAGAAUGCUCCAUCUUCUCCAGCAGACGGUCCAGCUGAAACCUCGCCAGUGUCUUAAAGCAUCAAAACAAAAUAGGAGAUUCUUGGCUUAUUUGAUGAGGAGUAGUGGCUGGGUAUAGUGAAUGGGGCUGUUGGAUUUGUUUAAUUCUGCUCUAAUCUUCCAUUGCAAGGAUGGAACAGGCAUCACUUGCAAGUGUCAAGUGACUAAUGACUGGCUAAAGUUCUUCUUGGGAAGAAAUUGCAACAGUUAAGGUAGAUUUUAGUGAAACAAUUAAAUGAAGUCAGAAGUUACAGACUGUAAAUACUGGAAAAAGACACUUCUGUGGUUGGGAUAUGCUGAAAUGAGUCUGCUUUGUAAUGUAAAGCAUUUUUUUCAAAUUGAACUUAAAUAAUUGCAUAACAAACAAGGUUAACUGCUAACUUCAGUCAAAAUUAACUGUCAUUUUAUCAGGCCCGUUUGUGGCCAAGAUUUGUGAAUGAGAUUGACUCUCAGAGUCAUCUGGUAAACCACGACUGCCAUGAGCAUGGCGCUGCCUUCUUGAAUAUUAAAUAUGCAAUGUCUUCACAUCACUAGUGUCUGGUGAUCACGUAGACAUUUUUGUGAUCUCUGAUUUGAAGUAGACUUGCUUACUUUUGUCAGAUGAAUUGAAACUAUACCUCGUAAAGUGAUCUCAAGUCUACACACAUCUUCUGAUUGUAUAUUUUUUAAUUUAAAAAUAAUUUCCUGUAGUAAAUAGGUAUUAGGAACAGUUACAUCAUCCAGAAUAAAAUCAAUCAUUAAAUAAUUCUAGGAUUUGGUAAAAUAUAUACUGCCUUUUUUUUGGUGUUCUUUCCUCAUUGGGUGAAGUUCGACAAGUUGAUACCACAUUUGUAUUUUAUACUGUAUCAUGGUGCACAGUUGCUAUGUAUUAAAUCUGGUCGUGGUCAGCCGUGGUAUAACGUGGUACUUAAAGUACACUAUCAGGAUAUCAGAGUAUAGAUCGGUUUCGUUUUUUUUCUGGGGAGGGUUUCCUUUUUUUUUAGACCUGGGAAAUUGUUUAAAUUGUAGAUUCACUUUGUACUUGCUAUACAAGAGGGGGAAAACACUCACUGACAAUAUGCAAGGGGAAGUGUCCAAAUGAACUUAUUUAUACUUUGAUUUGCAUUGAUUAAGUUACAUCUUAUGUUUGAUACGUUGAUCCAAUGCUUUAGGAUUAAUGAGAAGUUAUGGUUAGUGAUUCUAGAUAUUGUUAAGUGUGCUUAAGUCUUAAGUGUGAAAUCAAGUGUUUACCAGAUCGUGCCAUUCCAAAGUGGAUCAGAACUGUCAUUCCCUUUGAAUCUGUACUCAGGAUUAUCUCAUUACCAGGCAUCCAACAAUUAUGUUGCUGAUCUAGAGAAAGUGCCUACACGGGCUCUAAAAACAUGUAGAGUGAGCUCUUUUAUUGUAUAAUAGGUGCUAUCUGGGGAUGCUAUUGACAUACAAGAGCCUUACAGCUACCAACUAACAGUAUAACAGCCAUUGAAUCGAUGCAUCGGUCUGCAAUAACUUAUGGAAUUUAAAGUGGGAAAUAUUUUGCUGUAUUAAAAAAAAACACAAUGAUUGUAAGGGAAAUAUGACUGACCAAGGGUUUUCCAAUGUGUUAAUGUUAGAACUGUGUUUUCAUGCAUUCCUGACAAAUGCCAUAAAAAUUGAUGGGAAGAAACAAAUAAAAAUUAU